UUUGAAUUUAGAAGUAUUUGUUUACAUUGUGUAAAAAUCUAGUUUAAACAUUUUAUUCAUAUUUUUAAAAUAAACUAUUGAUGGAUGAAUUAAGAGGUCCCACAAUCCAAAUAGUUCUAAACGUCAGAGAAGGACUUGGUUUCGGUUUUCUUAAGUGCCCAUUUAUAGUAAGUGGUUCUUUAAAUGGUUAUAUGCUAGAGACGGAUCCAGUUGUUCCAUCUCAUGCACCAGUGUUUGACGCUGAACUUGUUUGGGAGGCAGAUAAACGGCGUUUUAGGAGUUUACGGGUUCAAAAUGUACCUGUUAAAAUUGAGGUUUACACAACCAGUACACAAGGAAGAAAAGACAAGGUUGGCUAUUUAUUGUUGAGUCUACUUGGAGCUCAGCCCUGUCCUAACAAUAAGGUUAUUGAUAUAAAACACACAUGGCACAAAUUACUAGGUGUGAAGUCGGAAGGCAAAUGCUGUCAUCCACAGCUUCUUAUGAGCCUCUCAGUGGAAGACAGAAUAAGCACACCAACACCACGGAAUGAGCUACGUAUGUUCCAUAGCAAUGAAGUUGCUUUUCCUACAGUACGCUCCAACAAAAAUGUUACAAAACCUGAUAGUCAUACUAUGCUAUUAUCAUUGAAUGAUUAUGUAGUUGAGAGUAAGAAAACAGUGUCCUCCCCAGAACUCCGACCAAAGCUUAUAUGUGACGAAGGUCUUAUACAAAUAGGUAGCGACAACCAUUUAUUUGUGCUGGAGUUGUUGAUAGGGACAGUUGAGAAUUUAGAUUUAUUGCUGCCUAUUGAUUCAAAGGAUGAAGAUUUAAGUUGCUAUGUGACAUAUUCAGUUUUUACACAUACUAUCACAUCUGACAGAGUACCCGUGUCAGGUACGCGUGCGCAGCUGAACCAGCGCUCGUCGCUGCGCGUGCGCAGCUCGCUCGACUGCCUCACUCGAUACUUCGCAUGCUGUCCCCAGCUCGUGGCCACACUGCGAGUCGACGGAGACGUGGGUGUAUGCAGCAUGGAUCUUCGUAAACUGGUUCCAACGGAUGACAUCGAUCACUUUCUGAAUAAUUUCUGCAACAAUGAUAAUUCUCUGACUAUACAUGAAAGAUGUUUUAUGCUAAGAUGUGAUGGGGGUGAAUCUAAAGAGAGCAGAAAACCUUAUAUGGAUGUGGAAAUGAGUUUGAAGUAUCUCGGAGUCAAGAAUGAUAUGCCAAAGCCGUCUCUUUUAUCUGCCAGAAGUGCUACUCAACUAGAAAGCGAAAGAGGAAAUGGAGAUUUGGAGAAAGGACCCAUCCUCGAAGUCAAGAGUGGUAGUUGCACUGAUCUGAAUGCCGACGUGGGAGGCGUGGCCUACACUAAUAUUGCACCCGGAAAUACUACUAGAUAUAAAUCGGCUUCGGGCGACGCAGUGCUGCAGACCAACGAGCUGACGGAGCUGGUCAGGAAGAUGUGCGAGGCGUUCGCGCACGCGCAGUGCGCCGACUGCCCCGCACCGCGCCCCCAGGAACCAGUACAAUUGAAAACAACGAAGAGCGAUACAAGUAUAAAAAAUACAGAAAGCGAUGCAACACACAGCGCACUCUCUCAAGCAGAGCGCGACGCUGUCAUGAAGAAAUACGUCGAGGAACUUGAGGAUUGGAAGGAGAAACAACAGGAGCUAUUUAAAAUACAGUUGAAACGCAAAGAGGAUUAUCAUCUCGACCUCCUCGCUAAUGAGUGGUCAAAACGCCGAAGCGAGUUGGAGUACAAGUUGAGCAAGGGCAUCGAACAGUGUCGUAACCUCGCCUCAGACUUGAGCCGCGCCACUGAGGACUUUAGAUUACGCGGAUACAGGAACACGGAGAGAGAGAGGAAGUUGUUAGACGCAAAGAAGGCUUUAGAAGCACACUAUACUGCUAAGUAUCAGGAGUUAAGAGAGGCGUCGCAGAAGAUGGAAGACGAUAUGAAUCAUCAACUCAAGCUGAAAGAUAUGAAUAUUGAAGAGUUACAGCAGAAAGUGCAGCUGCUGGAAAAACAGAAUGACGUCCUUAAGAACAAUAUGAAAAAUUUCGAGAAAACGGCUGAGAACAAAUAUUCGGGACUGACGAAAGAUCAAACUGCGAGUCUCAUACAAGAAUUGCGAUGUUUGGAAGAAAAGUUGGAUAGUGCAGUUCAAUCCAAGGCCUUCUUCAAGGAGCAGUGGGGCCGCGCCGUCAGGGAGCUGCAUCUCAUUAAGCUCAGCACUCGUCGGCAAAUGCUGACCCAGCUGCGCCAGGAGAGGCGCCAGUUAGGCGAAAUGAGCUUAGAUCCCAUUGAAGAUAAAGAAGAAAAUCAAAGCAAUGUAGAUAUCGAUAAACUGAAAGACAAUUAUUAUGUUGACAUUCUAGCUAACAGUCCUGCAUUGAAUUCACAUACAAUAAUGACCCCUGAACUGGAGUUGUGUGAUUUGAAAAAUGCAACUAAAACUACAUCAAGCGAUAAGCUCGGCGAACUUAUCAUGCAAAGAGAUCAACUUAUAAGGCAAGAUAAUCCCGACGAAGAUACAAUCAAGCAGCUUAAUCAUGAAAUAAGAAAUAUGCUAAUUAAUUGUGGCAUUUGACUGUUGACUAGUUUUAUACAGGAAGCUUUAUUUUACUGA